UCUUUUCACCGAACUUUCAACUUUUUCACAUUUUUCUUUUCGUCAAUUUCGAAAACCUAAAACACAGUUUCUAUCACCAUGGAUGUGAGACCAUAUGAAGGAGGACGUUUUGAGAAAAUUGGAAGUGAAGAAGCUCAUACGAUUGAAACUUUCGAAAGACGUAUUCAUGGAACUCCACACAGUGAGCCACAACGACAAGUCUCGUCGAAACAGUACACCGAACGAAGAACCUACGGUCGAGAUGAAAACGGUGAAAUUGUCGUGAAAAUCGAGAAAAAUCCGUCUGAGCCAGUCCGUCCAGCAUCACCAGUCCGACCUGUCACUCCAGUUGGUGGAGAAAAUGAGUUGAGCCGGCACUUGCUCCAACCUAUCCAACCUCUCCAUAUCCCACGCAUCGACAUUCAGCCUGCCAAUUCUUCACGACACGCAUCGCCAAGACAUAAAUUGCAGUAUGAUGAGGUUUCACCAAGAUCAGGUUCUAUCAACAUGCUAUCGCCAAGAUCUGGACACUCGGCAUCUUCAAGAUCUGGAGCUGGAUCUAGACAGAGUAAUGUGUCCGUAAAUUCGGCAAAUGUGCCAUUGAAAAAGGUCACCAAGAAGUCCCGAUUUGUUUCCAUUCACGAUGGUCGUCCCGUAUCCCCAUACACAGAAACAGUGUCUUUUGAAGUUGCCAUUCCAUUUCAACCAGAUAGAUAUUCCAGCGCUUCGGCCCGUUCAUUCUCCAGCUCACCACACGUUUCCCGCAGGCCAAGCGAAUGCGCAUACUUGAUGGAAAACCCGCUCUACCAAGAUUGAAUUUAAUUAAAUGUGAAUUGAUCACGCGUCAUCAUCCAUUAUCAUUCUUUUUCUCCUUUUCCCCAAUAUCAUUAUUCCCGCUGUCUAUCAAUAUCUGUCAAUAUCUACUGCCAAAAGAUGCCCUUAACAAUAACAACCAAACAUUCAAUAAUCUGUUGCUUUUUUUCUGUAUAGUAAAUCUUGUCUUUGAAAUUUUGUGAAGAUACAAAAUUUGUGAAAAUAAAGAUAAUACAAUUUUG